UCUGCAGUUUUUACCUGGGAUUUACCUGCUGAUCAACAUGAAACAGUGACUGAUUGUUCACAGAAAAGCCAAACAAUGAAGAAAGGGCUGCUGAAUUUUCAGAGUCGGAAGAACCAGUCUCUGUUCGACACCAAACUUAAGAUCCAGGACAUGGAAAAUGUGGAGUUGGUGCUGGAUUCAACCAAGAUCUCUGAAUCUGGGACGGCCAACGUGCGGGCCAGACCCACAGUCAAGCAUCACACUUCCAUUGCAGAAAGUUUCCAAGGGUUUGCAGUUCCAACACCUAAAGUCCCUCUCCUCCCGUCUACCAAUGGUCCAAAAAUCAAUGGCACAGAUGCUGGAAAUAAAUUAUCCAAUGGAUCCAUUAUAUCUGGCCACGUGGAAGAUGAAAUAUUUGUUCCUCCUCCUCCUUCAAUGGCACCCCCACCCCCUCCAGUGGAUUUUAUUCCCCCUCCACCAGACUUCUUUGGUGACCUGAACAGCCUUGCAGCCCCUGCGCCUCCUUCAAAGCCAGCACCAAAAUUGCCACCGUCCGUGGAGCAGGAGGGUUUAGCCAUCGUAAAUUCUCCAUCAUCAGCACCAACAAAGCCCCUGUCAACCAGCUCCAGUGACUCUGCAUCAUCUGCACCCAUCGUCAGUUCACCACCACCAAACAUUCCUGAGCAUCCAAAAUUUGCCCCACCACAACCUCCUCAAGAAAAACAACUCAAGACUAACAAAGCACCACCUCCAAAGCCCGCUAGAUUCUCUUCCAUCUUCAAUGACUCCCCACCACAGAGCCCAGCACCUCCUCCCACUGUGCACACAUCCACAUUCUCCACCUUCAACCCCCAACACAAGGCAAAGGUUUUAGAUACUCCCAAAACCACCUUUCUUGGCACACAAGAGAAUCAUGAUGCAAGACCAAAGCAGAUGCUACUCUUGGAAGAAUCAGGGUCACGUAACUCUGUUCCUGUGCUUGUCACUGUGGAUGGAAAAUCUACUCAAGCUCCUAAAGCACCUACACCAGAUCCCAAAGAUGCACAAGAACCAAAGAAGGACUUAGAAAUCCCCCAACAGUCUCAAUUAGAAUCCCAUCAACAGUCUCGAUUAGAAAUCCCCCAACAGUCUCGAUUAGAAACCCCCCAACAGUCUCGAUUAGAAACCCCCCAACAAUCUAAAUUAUCCCAAACUGAGCUUCAGAAAAAGGCUAAAACAGAAACACCUCCAGCCCAGUCGGAAAUAACCAAACCACCUCAAUCUCCACAGCUACAGAAAAUGGAGAAUGUUCAGAAUGGUAAUUCAGAAACCCUCAAAAUUAAUGGAUCUCCAGGUCAAAGCCGCAGUUUCAGUCCAAUGUUGGAUCGUAAGCUACGUACCUUAAAGGCUAAUGAAGUCAGUGGGUCACGAGAGGCUCCUGCUGCGUCCCCACUGGCUCUCCUACAAGCAGCUAAACAAAGAGACAAAAAUAGGACGACUGCCUCUGUGUCCCGAGAAGGCAGCACCAACAAGAGUGAACAUUCCAGUGCAAGCAUUUACCCGAGUGAUUUGAGUCCAAAUUCCUUUGUUGUUGUACCAAAGCCUACCUCGUCAUCUUUAACUCCCUCACAAGAAAAAUUACAAGAGACUGCACAGUCUGUUUGGCCCGCAGAACACGAAAAGACAAUUCAAGCUCCAGAAAAGUCCAUCAAUCCCACUCAGGCCAUGCUUCAGAAGCCAUCAAAUGGUCCAGCACUUUCGUCUCCAACUGUAAACAACUUGGCUGAGCAGAAACAAAGUGCAGAAGAGACCAUCUCACAGUACCAGGCUGUACAGCAGGACGAGGAGCUGAAUGUGCCAUUGCUUCCUCCACCACCAGGGUUUGAUGACUUCAUUGAGACAACUGAGCCACCCCCAUCCAUCUGUCCACCUGAUCCUCCUGCAAAAAAAGCUCCAAAACCAGCCAUAGACUUACCACCUCCAGCUCUUCCAAACCACAUACCCCCUCCACCUCCAAAACUCCCACCUCCUGACAUUGACGUCAAACCAAAAGCACAAGUUCAGACAAAACCCAAACAAGCUACCAAUCAACUUCCCGCUACCCUGUCACCCAAUCAAGCCACUCUUCUUAGCAUCUUGCAAAAGAAGAUGAUAGAAAUGGACCACAAAAUGGCCCCAGUGGUUACCGCCGACUCCAGUACAGAUGACUGGGGCACCACAGCACCAGAAGAGGACAAUAAGGUCCCUGUUGUACCGAAAGCCAAAACACAGAUCAAAUGUCCCCCUCCAACAAAAACCAAACCAGCAUCUAUGGAUAUGAAGGAGCUGGAGGGUAAACUGAUCAAGAAAUACCAACAGAGUUCGCAGCUGGAACCGCCCAGCAGUGGGGGAGCGCAUUCCAAACACCCGUAUGGGAUGACGUUCAUGGUCCGGCCUGGAACCGAACAGCCCAUUACUCUCAUUAGUAAAGGAGAAACCUAAAGGUUUGCUGCUAUUAAACAAAUCUUAAAACCUCACAAGAAACUUUGUAUUAGUUGAAACUAGCA